AUGGACAGGCAGACUGAUGCACUGACAGACUGGUUGAUGGACUGGCUGACUGACAGAUGGACGGAUGGACCACCUGAUGGACUGGCUGACUGGCUGACUUGGCUGAUGCAGCUUCUAAUUUUUCUUUUAUUUUCAGCCUUUAUGGGAGCCUAUCUCCUUUACUCCUGGGGGAUGCAAGAGUUUGAGAGACUGAAGAGGAAGAACCCUGCUGACUAUGAAAACGACCAGUAAACAAGUUAUUGUGGAGAUGCUGCCUCCCUGUAUUAUCACCUUCUUGUUACAGAGUGUGUUCACGUGACUAAAAAAGGGUAUUAACAGGGAGAUAAGUCUUGUCUAAUAAACUCUAACUCUGUUUGCUGACUUUGCGUGCAAUUAGUGUCUGGAAAUGUUUAAGGUGAAUGGCAUCAAACAUUGGUCUGGUUCACUCUGUACAGAAUGACAGUUGGGCUAAAAUUCUGUACGCUCAAACCUUUCAGUUCAGAGCAUUUCCAGCCUUUUUGGCUUGUGCUUCUUUGAAACAUCUCUCAGUAUAACUAGCGUAGCGAGGGCUGUCUUCAGCUAUAGAUAAUUUGAAGUAAUGGCUCAGAGAUAAGCUCACUGAGCCCAUUAUCAUUCCAUUGCUGAUCAUUUCUUUUUCCUCUUUCCUUUAAAUAGGACAUAUUCUAGCCUUGAUCUCUGUGGAAAAACAAAUAGUCUAUCUGAUAUUGACCAAGAAUAGCAUGAACUGGCUGAUGGCUCUGAAUAGAAUGUGAACAUUGACCCUCUUAGACAGUUACUUGAAUAGUGUAUUUAUUAAUGUUAAUCAGAUGCUUAACUGCAAUUCUGAUGUCUGAGUGUUGUAACAAGCUGGAUUAAAAGUUUCUUUUUGCAAACUA